GGGGUUAUUCUUCCUCAGGCCACUGCUGCUCGAGCUACGUACCAAGCGAGCCAGUUUUUUCUGUCCACCGCAGCGCACGCCACACACUCGUUAAGCCCGUGCCAACACGAGAAGUCGCCACUAAUAAAUUACUGUUUUUUACUCCACACGAACAGUCUCCGCCGCGCUGCCGAGUAAUUUAUACGUAAAAAUAAACAUUAAUCAGCAAUAAUCGCAGCUGGUAGCGCCAGAGCACUUACUGCUAGCCCCGCCCGUCGCAAGCAUCAUAGACCUGACAAAAUGUUCGCCGUGAUGCAAAUCGACGAAGAUCACACCAGGGACUUUAGGCGCAAACUCCGCCAAAAAUGCGAGUUUGUGUGCAAGUUCUGCCAACGUCGGUUCACUAAGUCCUAUAAUCUGAUGAUACAUGAACGCACCCAUAAGAGCCCUGAGCUGUCUUUCAGCUGUGAAGUCUGCGGGAGGAGUUUCAAGCGGCAGGAUAACUUACGUCAGCACAGGUAA